AUGCAAGGAAGCUAUUCAUGUCCUUUUGAUUAUCAAGAAUUCGAAUCACGUAGCGAGCUUGAAGCUCACAUUGAACGUCGGCAUGUGUGCUACCAAGCUGAUGAUCCUGAAGGAGACAAUGGCCACAACGGUAGAACUUCUUCAAGUUCUAGCUUCUUAAGCUUUGGUGACGAGUCGGCUCCAUUUCCUUCGACUCAAUCUAAACGAAACUUGUCAUCAAUCUUAACAGAUGUAAAAAUUCCUGAAAAUCCUUUAAGCGACAUUGGUACAUUAACAGAAAAACGAAUCUUGCAAUUAUCAAAAUCUCCCAACCUUGGUGCCUUAAAAGAACUCAAGUUAAGUGGUAAAGGUUUGAGCCAAUUCGAGACUAAUGAUCACAUCAACUUAUCAAGGCUCUUCAAUUUGAAAGUUCUAGACUUGUCUGAUAACUAUAUAACAAGCUUACGUGGGGUAGGCCAGUGUACCAAUUUACGAUACCUUAAUGUCAACAAUAACAGUAUCGAAGAUUUAUCCCCAUUGCAAUCGUUAAUUAGACUAAGUACAUUUAAAGCAGCCCACAACAAAAUAAAAGACAUUUCACCUUUGAGAGCAUGCAAAAGAAUUUUAUGCUUAAAAAUCAGUAAUAACCAGAUUUUCAGCUUUGAUAACACCUUAGACGUUUUAAAAGGAUUUCCGAAACUCACACAGUUAUCGAUCUUUAUGAAUCCUUGUAUGGUAAAAACCAAGGAUUCUAAAGAAAAAAUUUUGUAUCAUUUAUGAUUAGAAAAAUUAGACUCAGUAGCUGUAAACAAUGAAGAUCGCCAACAAGCUGGGCAGAAAUCAACAACUAUAAGAAGAAUUGGAAGAAAUAACGAAGAAAACACCGAUAUGCCGAGAAUGGCUAUUUCAGAGCUGCACCAUAAAGACACGAAAGAGCAGAAAAGCACUGAGUUAGAAACCCAGAUCAAUGCUCUUAAAGAAGAAAACGCAAAGCUGAGAGAAGAGCUCUCAAAUGUAUGGCAGUUACUUGGAACCAUAAUUAAAACUCGUGAUGGCGACGGAGGAAAAUUUUCACUAUCAGAUUUCAAGAAAAUGGAUUUAUUGGAAAAUAUCCUAUAAAAAAUAACAAUAUUAUAUAAAAUCUACAUUUAGAUAAAAAUUUAUCAAGUAAUAUUAUUUAUAAAAACAGCAUAUUAAAGAAGAGGAAGAAGACGAUUAA